UUAUAGAAAUGGACUCGAAUGCGACUAUCAGCCAAAUCUCAAAAGGCGCAAUUCAAUAGAGCAUGGAAUAAGACUGGCCAUGAUGAGCAAACUAUUGUCUUAAGUUCAAACAAUGAAAGGAUUUCAGGCAUUUUUGGUAAAUAUGGAAGUGGUGUUAAUAUUGGACGAGAGCUAGGGUUCUCUAAGUGUACGUGGGUACGGAAGACAUCUCAAGAAGCACCUACAUGUCCACGUACAUGUGAUGAUGAGCUUGAUUGGCUUGAAGACUUUCAUUCAGUUUGCUUUCGAGUUUCUCCAAUUUUUCAAGAAAUUCCAAAGCACAUGGAAUAUUUCAUGAAGAUUUUUGAUGAAAAUCGUUGUUCAUCUAUUUUUCAUGCAAUGCAAAGGUAACUAUAAUUCAAAUUA